AUGUCAUCCACACACCUCAUCCCCAUAACGACGUCAUCCGCCACCUUCUUCAGAGCACUUGCAAUUGCCUCAACCACGAGGUCAUGUUCCCACGUCUUCAGGACCUUUUCGUCCACUAGAUGUUCUCUACAAUCCUCCAAAAGAGAGUUAUAUACAGCACCUUCCUACCAACCACACACUCUACCCGCCGACUUCCCACUACCACCACGCAACUCCAGUGUGCCCAACACUUCCAUCGCAGGUACUCCGAAACGAACUCAUGAUGCGAACCCUGUGCAGUCGAAGCCGCAACAAGGCGACGCGAGAGAAACAGCCAGCAUCAUCGUGCCCGAGUUUGAGGCGCAGAAGUCCAAACCGGUGGAAGCACCCACCACAUCUGCUGUCAAGGAGGUAGACCCAGGGACGGAGGCCAAGCCCAGCAAACCCCGAAGAAGCAAACUGCGGGCUCGCAAAGCAGCAAUGUCUAUUAGCGCGGAUGCAGUAAUCCAUCUCAAAGAAUUACUCGAUCAACCCAACCCAAAGAUGAUCCGGGUAGGAGUGAAGAAUCGAGGUUGUUCGGGACUCGCCUAUCACUUGGAAUAUGUUGAGAAAGCGGGCGCUUUCGAUGAAGUGGUAGAACAAGGAGGAGUCAAGGUCCUGAUAGACAGCAAGGCAUUAUUCAGCAUUAUUGGGAGCGAGAUGGACUGGAUGGAGGAUAAACUAAGUGCCAGAUUUGUUUUCAGAAACCCCAACAUCACUGAACAGUGUGGAUGUGGCGAAUCCUUCAGCGUCUCAUAG